AUGUCUUUCGUGAUAAGCAGUGCGUCGUCAAGCAAGGACAAGUCUAGCAAGCUGGUCUCGGACGUGGAACGCCCCGAAAGCGACUUAGAAAUGGGAAAAGAGCCGGAGCCUGAAAAUGUGGCCGGCCAAUUGGAAGAGUUGCAUGAGUUCAGGCAAGGCCUUCACCAGAGGCAUAUUCAAAUGAUUGCUCUGGCAGGCACAGUUGGGACAGGUCUUUUCUUGAGCUCCGGGAAGGCCAUCGCCACUGCUGGGCCUCUAGGGGCCUUCCUGGCCUACACAUUCAUGGGCAUCUUGACAGCCAGCGUGGUGUCUGGUGUUGGGGAAAUGGGUGCUUUGGUGCCUCUCAACGGUGGAGUCAUACGCUACGCUGAGAUUUUCUGCGAUCCUGCCCUCGCCUUCGCCAACGGCUGGAACCAAGUCUACUCGUAUAUUGUGUCGAUUCCAUCGGAGCUCGUUGCUGCGGCUGUGAUUGUGGAAUUCUGGGUCACGAUCAACAAUGCAAUCUGGAUUACCAUCUUCGGAAUUCUCAUGAUCGUCACCGCCCUUCUCUUUGUGCGGAUUUAUGGCGAGCUUGAAUUCGGGUUCUCCAUCUUGAAGAUCAUGCUAGUCAUUGGCAUCAAUAUCAUGGCCUUGGUGAUUACUUGUGGCGGAGGUCCCAACCACAAGGCCAUCGGCUUCUCCUACUGGAAAGAACCCUUUGGCCCAUUCGUGCAGUAUUUGUCGAUCGGUGGCUCCUGGGGUCGCUUCUUGGGAUUUUGGUCUGCGUUCAACAACGCGCUCUACGCUUACUCCGGCAUCGAAAAUAUCACCAUCGCGGCCGCAGAGACCAAAUCACCCCGUCGGGCCAUCCCUAUGGCUGCGAGGCGAAUAUUCGUCCGCAUCUUGCUUUUCUACGUGGUAACCAUCUUCAUGGUGGGCCUUGUCGUGCCCUCCACCGACCCGAACCUCCUCAAAUCCUCCGGCACUGCAUCGCAGUCGCCCUUUGUCAUCGCUGCGCGCAACGCCGGAAUCAAGGCCGUGCCCUCGAUCAUCAACGCGGUUGUCUUGACCUCUGCGUGGUCCUCAGGAAACUCCAACAUGCUGGGCGGCUCUCGAAUUCUCUAUGGCAUGGCCAAGCAAGGCCAUGCGCCCGCCUUUUUCACCAAAAUCAACCGAUUCGGUAUUCCAUACAUCGCGGUCGCUUUGUAUGGAAUCUUCAUGGCAUUGGGGUACAUGACGCUCUCGAGCUCUGCCAGCAAUGUUUUCAACUGGUUGCAGAAUGUGGUCUCCAUUUCCACUCUUGUCAACUGGAUCUGCAUCCUCGUUGUGUACUUGCGGUUUUUCUAUGCCUGCAAGAAACAACAGGUCAAUCGCCAGGCAGAACUGCCGUGGGCUGCUCCGUUCCAGCCCUACAGCUCCUGGAUUGCGUUGAUCAUCUUCAUCAUCCUCUUUUUCACCGGCGGUUACACCACUUUCAUCCAUGGCCACUGGAGUACUGAGACUUUCAUCUCCUCGUACUUCAACUUGCCCUUCAUCAUCGUGGUAUAUGGUGGUUAUAAACUUGUGAUGAAGACGAAGGUUAUUCCUCUCGAGGAUGUGCCUAUCCGACCAUUCAUUCAGCAAUAUUUGGAUAACCCUGAGCCCGAGCCGAAGCCUAAAACUGGGCUCCAAAAACUGAACAUCCUCUGGUCGUGA